AUGGAGUUAUCUAAAGUGCUGUACGUCUGGUCUUUCCUUUCUUUACUCGUGCUGCAGUGUGCUCUGGAAGGUUACGGUGAACAGAGCUCGUUUGAACUUCCAGUGCAGUUGGUGGGUUUCCCUUUCAUUAUAAUGGCCGUGAGGGUGACCAACUUCAUCAAGAAACUGUCAUAUGCAUUGAGUCCAGGGGUUGGCACUCAGUUUCGCGUUUUUCUUUUUGUUUUGGACAAGGUUAAAGACUGCGGCGGCACUUUGGAUCCCGUAGAAAAC